CAGGUACAUUGUUCUACUUUCGUUAGCUUCAUUAAUGCCUUUCAUUUUUCUCCAUUGAACUACAUUCCGAGCUCCAUCGCCUUUCCCCGGGCAUAAUCUUGGAGUUCUUGGACAAUUUUCUAUGUUUCAGAACCUAAAUGUUAGUUUAUUUUCCAGUUAGGUAAUUUCUUGCCUAACUUAACAAUUAUUUGAAGAUUUGUUUCUUAUGAUGGCACUUUCCAUUUUCGUUUUCCUAUAAAUCAACGAAGAACAAGUCUCUAUCGAUGCGUUAUCUCUUCAAAAUCCGAUAGUUUAUCACUUGUGAAUCACUCCUUUUCGUUUCUACAAGAACAAAAUGAAUCAAAUUCUCCCAGAUCUUCGAUAUUGGCUUGUGAAUCAUCCUAUUAUCCUCGAUUUCGAAUGGAUCCAAGGUCAAACAUUCGGCUCCACGCCUCUGUUCCUAAUCCUCACUGUUUUUUCUUACCUAUUCCUCACCUUGCUCCUCUCCCACAUUCCCCUCCCUUCCAUUUCCCCUCACUUUCUCAAGCCAAUCUCAGCCCUACACAACUUUGUUCUUCUCACUCUCUCCUUCAUAAUGGCCCUUGGAUGCGCCCUUUCUUCCAUUUACCAUGUGCCUCAUCUCCACUGGCUUAUCUGCUUCCCACCUCGCACCCCACCAGUUGGACCUCUCUUCUUCUGGGCUUAUGUCUUCUACCUAUCCAAGAUUCUUGAAUUCAUCGACACCCUCUUGAUUAUCCUUACUGGGUCGUUUCAACGCCUCACGUUUCUCCAUGUUUACCACCAUUCGACGGUUUUGAUCAUGUGUUAUCUCUGGCUUCACACUUCCCAAUCGCUGUUCCCCAUAGCCCUCUUGACCAAUGCGGUAGUGCACGUGAUAAUGUAUGGGUACUACUUCCUAUGCACCCUUGGCAUUCGACCCAGUUGGAAGAGGUUGGUCACUGAUUGCCAAAUCUUACAGUUUAUCUUUAGUUUUGUGGUUUCUGGUCAAAUGUUAUAUGAGCAUUUUGGAGGAUCUGGUGGCGGUUGCUCUGGCUUUCGGGGUUGGUGCUUUAAUGCUGUUUUCAAUGCCUCUCUUUUGGCUCUUUUCAUCAAUUUCCAUUUGAAAAGUUAUGCUGCCAAUAGAAAGAAGAGAAUGGAGACCAAAACCAUAUGAUUGCUGUAGUUUUUCUGUUUAUUUUAGAAUAAAAUCCUUACAAUCAUGGAUGAUAACUCAUUGUUCUGAACUUUGCAUUUUGUUUCUGUUCUUUUGUGAAAUCCUAGCUAGGCUCUGUAUUGCUGUA